AUGGCUACUGCUGUGGAAGUUGGACGUCGGACACAACGUACUUUGACGGUGGAGCAAGAGCGCUCGGGGACAAGGCAACUUGCGAACGGAACAAGUCGCAGGGUGUGGAAGCCAGCCGCCCAGCUUGGUGCGGUUGAGGGGCAGCUCGCAUCCCUUCACAGCGGGCCGACCUUGAAACAGACAUACUGUAUUGACACGACGCCGGCAGAUCUCCGCGACCCUCGCCACCUCGUCCAGUCAUGCGAGGUCCGCCAGCGCGUGGUCCAGCCGGACGGUCCGGCUCCGCAAGGGCUGAGGCAUAUGGGCCCGUCCCUUCUGGGAGACUGCGACUCGUUAUAUACAGGAGGAGGCAUUGAACGCGCGCCGUGA